AUGGUCAGUAAUCGAUCUACGUUCACCAACUUCAAGGAUGUUUUUGCAACUUUUUUCUGUCACCUUUCACAGGGCAAGGUGGUGUGGGGGGUGGUGGGGGCGGCUGUCGUCAUCACGUUAAUAACUGUCCCAGCAGUUUAUUUCAGCAAAUCUGCUGCUUCCAAAAGGCCAUUCACCCUUGAUGAUUAUUUCAAUGACACAAUCAGGUGGAAAUCCUACAAUUUGUAUUGGAUAUCAGAUAAGGAGUAUUUGCACAAAGCAAGUGAUGGGAAUAUAUUCCUCCACAAUGCUGAAACAAAUGAGGAGUCACUAUAUUUGAGCAAUUCAACCUUUGCCCAAGUGGAUGCCACAGAUUACCUGCUGUCAGGAGAUUAUAAAUACAUAGCUUUUGAAAGCAACUUUACAAAGCAAUGGAGACAUUCAUUCACAGCAUCUUACUCAAUCUACAACAGGGAGAGCUCAACAUUUGUUACACCUGUGAAUCUUCCAUCUGUUGUGCAGUAUUUUACUUGGGCCCCAACAGGAAACAAAUAUGCUUACGUCUCAGACUUCAACAUUUUUUUAAAAUCUAAUGUCAAUGCUGAAGCUGUACAAGUGACCCAGAAUGGGAAAAAGAAUGAAAUCCUUAAUGGUGUCCCUGACUGGGUGUAUGAAGAGGAAGUGCUUGUAUCAAAUGGGGCAAUAUGGUGGUCAUCCACCGGAAGAUUCUUGGCCUAUAUAGAGUUCAAUGAUACAGAGGUUCAAAAAGUGGAGUUUUCUUGGUAUGGAGCUGAACAAUAUCCUCAAACAGUGGCUGUACCGUACCCAAAGGCUGGAUCAACCAUUACCAAGGCCAAACUGUUUGUGGUUGAUACCACGAAUCCAUCCCACCGCACACAGGUGGUCCCCCCUGCUUCUAUUGCAUCUGGUGAUCACAUUUUGUGCUCAGUGACUUGGGUUACAGAUGAACGCAUUGCUGUGCAGUGGCUCAUAAGAAAACAGAAUUACGUGGUUGUACAGAUUUAUGACUUAAAUGGAAGCAGCUGGGAAGAAAAACAGAAAUUUGAACAAACAAGCAAGACAGGCUGGGUCGGUCAUUACGUGCCUCUCCCUCUUUUCUUUGCUGAAGAUAAGAUCAGUUUCUACAAAGUGAUGAGUGACACUAAUGGCUAUAAACAUAUUCAUUAUGUAAAAGAUGGCAAAGCAACACCUGUUACCUCUGGGAAGUGGGAAGUCAUUUACAUAUCCAAAUUAACAAAAGAUGCCAUAUAUUAUGUGAGCAAUGAGUACCAAGGAAUACCUGUAAAGAGAAAUCUUUACAAGGUUAUAAUUGGAAGCAGCCCUUCAGCCCCUCAGUGCCUCACCUGCGACCUUGAUGAGGACAGGUGUCAGUACAACUCAGCUUACUUCAGCUUUGACGCCUCAUACUACCGAAUGGACUGCUACGGACCUGGACUGCCCCUCUACACACUUGUGGACAACCGGGGCUCAGGUGCACAGCUCUCCAUUCUUCAAGACAACAAGGAAUUGGAAAAUAUUCUGAAAGAAUUCCAAAUGCCAACCAUGCAGUAUGGUACCUUAAAGGUUGCAGGAUUUGACCUUUGGUAUCAAAUGAUGUUACCACCAAAUUUCACAAGGUCUAAAAAGUAUCCUCUUCUUAUUAAUGUAUAUGCUGGCCCCUGUAGUCAGAUGGUGGACUAUCGCUUCAAGCUGAAUUGGGGUACCUAUCUCUCCAGCUCACAUGGGAUCAUCAUUGCUAGCUUUGAUGGAAGGGGAAGUGGUUACCAAGGUGAUGAAAUAAUGCAUGCAAUAUACCAGCGCCUUGGGACGUUUGAAGUGGAGGAUCAGUUAACAGCUGUGAGGAAAUUCAUCGACAUGGGUUUUAUUGACAAAGACAGAAUAGCAAUAUGGGGCUGGUCAUAUGGUGGUUAUGUCACCUCAAUGGCCUUGGGUGCUGGAACUGGUCUUCUCAAGUGUGGAAUAGCAGUUGCCCCAGUAGCUAAGUGGGAAUACUAUGAUGCAGUGUACACUGAACGCUACAUGGGCAAGCCCACAGAGAAUUCAGACUCUUACAAAAAUUCAACAGUGACGGCCAGAGCAAAGAACUUCAAGACAGUUGACUAUCUAUUGGUUCAUGGCACAGCAGAUGACAAUGUCCAUUUCCAGCAAGCAGCACAGAUCUCCAAAGCUCUUGUGGAUGAGCGGGUGGACUUUGAGGCGAUGUGGUACACUGACAGGGACCACGGGCUCCGAGGAUCAGCCUUCCGUCAUACAUACACCCUCAUGAGUAACUUCCUGCAGAAAUGCCUCGUUAAACCCAAAUAGAUGUGAAGAAUGUGACAGCAUUUAUAGUAAACAUUAUCACAGCUUUUUUUUAUUUGUUUAUUUUUAAAUUUUACUGAUAUUAAGUGUCAGGUGAAACCAUGUACAUUUUGUAGACGUUUUUAUGUGCAAUGAAUAUUUGAUUGCUUGUACAAAUGAGCAUUGGUAUUUUUUGUGGAAUUAUGAAACUUCUAAAUAUGUGGCAUUUAAGACAUACUAAAAGUCAUUGCAUGCAUUUAUGGUUGAAAACAUUUCUCUAUGAAUAUGGAAUAACAUGAUAGCUAAAUUGCACUGCACUGAUUUAUUGUGGAGCGUUUCAU